GUGUACAGACUGGUGGGUACAGUACCCCGGGCACAGGUGAUAUACACUGCCCAUAGCACAGGGUGGCAGCCCUCCCCCUGGCAGCAUCCUGACAGCACAGGGAGGAAUCUCCCAGCAUGCCGCGCGGCCCCGCAGUCCGCCUGAUACUGCAGCACGGCGCCGUGUGCUGGCGGCUGCAGGGGAGCGGCUCCUCCAUUCCUCCUCCUCCUAAAUUCUUCUCUCCUCCUCAUCCCCGGCCAGGCAGGUAGUAGUAGUGUGCUCAGCGCAGGGAACAUGACGGCGGCCGCACUGCUCCUCUUCCUGGCACUGCCCGGUGCCCUGCACGCCCGCCUGGUGCACGAGGGCGAAGACGGCUUCUCGGAGUGCAACGACUUCUUCCACCAGGGCAGCCCGCCCCAGGGCUUCACCCAGCCGGGCAACGUCAAGAUCUGCCAGAGGUACCAGGGGGACAAGCAGUACGCCACCCUGUACAGCACCGAGCACAAGAUCCCGGUCUACUCCGCCUUCACAUACCAGGAGGAUGCGGGGGCAGCGUGGGCAGGCUGGAUGGUGGAGCCCCAGGUGGACGAUUCCAAGAGUAGUUUGGAUGAAGUCAACAAAGGUUCUGAUGUGACAGAGAAGGUUCCUACUCUGGGGACAAACCAGGCCCUAGAAGAAGACUAUGCCUCAACAGACUACCAGCCUGGUCCUCUCUACCAUAGAGCUCCAUCAGCUCUCACCAGCGCUGUGCCAUUGACACCAGAGUUCAAGGAGAAAUGGGCCGCAGAUGUGGAUCUUUUUAUUAAGGAGAAGCUAUUGCCUCAUUGUGAGAAUGGAGAGAACCUUCACCUUCUUGCUGGAGCAGUCCCAUCUGAUACAAAAAUAAAUGAUAAAGUGACCGUUCCGGAGUAUGUCUGGCUCGCUGCUUGCUGUAACAUCCCUGAUGCUUGGUCCUUAGGGGUUAUUAAGAGGACUGACAAUGUAGAUGGACUGGAACAGGUCCCAGUGGAAGAACUGGAAAACCAACUUGCUGGUGUAAAGCUGUUCUCCAACCAGUGUGGUGGUGGCACUGUCCACCCAGAACUUAGAUCAUCAUCCGAAUCCUCAACUCAAACUGAGGAGGAACCACCUGUUACGACACCAGGAGCAUUUACAAGAUUUUUCCAGUUAAUUUUCAGCAUUAUAUAUGAAAUUGUAAAGACUGUCCUGUGCUUGGUAUGGUUCCUUCUCAAACAAGUUUGCAAUUUAGUCUUUGGGCGACUGUACUGGAUCUGGACUGCACUCACCACCUACAUCUACGCCCUAGGCAAAGUCUUGCUGAACAUUCCUUGCGAUGUCCUCCGUGUUUUUGCCAACAUUCUUUGUGGCUUUGUACGAGUCCUCAACAAUGCGUUAUCAGUUGUAUGUCUCAUACUUAGGCUGCCUACAAGAUUCCUCUGCGACAUGGCAAGCUUCCCCUAUUAUACGAUAUGUGCCAUACCGGAUGUUGGUAUCGACAUAUUAAGUGGUGUCUGGGGGAUGUUCAUGUUGGGGUUCUCAGCCAUCUUUGGUACAUUUGGUGGUUCGUUCUCAGUGGCCUCAUUUGCAGGGAGCAGCGUUUUCCAAAGGUUCAUUGGACAGUCUGAGGGUUAUGAAAAUUGACCGGUAUUCUUUAAAUAGAGCCAUCAACCCAACCGCUGAUUAAUAGGUGUGCUCGCACUUUACUGCAAGUCAUUCAGAAUUUUUGUGAAAUUUCUAUGAAAUUUCCAUUUAUUUUUAUCCUGCUUGUCAGCAUUUUUCGUCAGCCCAUGGGAAUUUAACUCCUUUAGAUGCCAUAAUGAUGCUGACUUUUCGGUAAAUUUUAAUAGGAACGACCAGCUGGCUUUCAGUCUCUUUUUCUCUUUUUAUUGUGGCGGGUGUAACGGCUCAUCUGGUGAAUAGGUUGUUUGGGAUAAUUUUUGAUGAUUUGGCGGAGUACACUGAAUACAGUUAUUUGGCAGGAAAGGGAAUGUUUGAUUGGUAGGUGGUCUGCAGGUCGGCAAGUGAUGUGAUUUAUCAGGGAGGUAUGGUGUUUUUGUGUUUUUCAUAUUGCAUAAAAAGUAUUGCUAAAAAAAUGACUACUUCUUGGUGAGGCAUAGUGUUUUCCCUUUCUGUUUCUGGUGAAUUUACAGCUUCUUUAAAAUUAUACAUUGUAGGGGUUCCAAAUAAUAGAGGAAACAAAAUUAUCCAAAAAGCACCCGUUGUUGGGUCCACAUGAACAAAAGAUGUUUUUAACUGUAAAAUUAUGACAAAUUUUAAUUGAUUCUAUUUGCACAAUUUGAAAUUCAUUUAUUUUUAUUUUUUUACUGUUUGUUAUUUUAAAAAUGCUGUUUUAUGAUUACAGCACCGUAUUAAUGAUUUGUUAUCUACCAGUAUGGCAUCAGGUGGAGCAUGACCACCGUAUUGCUCUAUAUGAAAUGUGAGGCCUAAAAGUUACUAGCGGGAAAACCAAAAAAUAAUGGCCUAAUAAUCUGCCAAUGCUCCCUGACCAAUUCUGUUGUUUGUGGCGUUAUUAUAGUAGGAAAUAUCAGCACAACAGAUUUUGAAAUGUCAAGGUCUUUUUUUUUUAUGUGUCAUGACUUAAUUAAUAAAGUUUUUUGUCAUUAAGUAUGUUCCCUUUAAAACAGGAAUCCAGACAUGGCCUGUAAAGAAUAUAUAGGAUUAUGUUUAGCAGAUUUUAUACUAUCAUUCAUCCAGUCCAAAAAAAUAUUUGGAGUACUUUGAGAUAAAUAUUCAGUUUUUAUGGCUUAUGUGACAUUAUAAUAGCAUUCGUCCAGUUGUUCUAUCCAGCCUUCUUCAGGCAGCUUGUGUUGACUCCUGACGUGCUGUUCUGUAUCUGUUUAUUUUAGGUCGAUUUCUGAUAUAACCCUAUCAGUAUUAUUCUAAAUAAUCAAAAAAAUACAAAAUAUUAAAUUUGAGAAUCAAGAUUUUGCAAUGUUUAGAAUUCGAAAGCGCCUGUACAUUACAGCUCACGUUAUUCUCAUGUCUCUUUCAAUCUGUAUUAUCUAUUUUAGACUUAAUUCUGCUUUCACUGAAAAAAAAAUUCCUGUUGAAUUCAGGAAAAUACAUUCAUCAUUACUAGAGAACAUAAAAAUAAUAAGGGAAAUUUUUGGAACAACCUCUUGAAAAAUAAACAUGUAAACUGUA